ACUCUGUUUGUUUGUUUGUUUGGUUGUUGUGUGGAAAUGGCGAACUCGGCAAAUACAAACACCGUGCCUAAAUUAUACAGAUCUGUGAUCGAAGAUGUUAUUAAUGAUGUAAGAGAUAUCUUUCUGGAUGAUGGAGUUGAUGAGCAAGUUCUGAUGGAACUAAAAACUCUCUGGGAGAGUAAAUUAAUGCAGUCCAGAGCAGUCGAUGGAUUUCAUUCCGAAGAGCAGCAGCUGCUACUGCAAGUUCAGCAACAACAUCAACCACAGCAGCAGCAGCAUCACCACCACCACCAUCACCAACAAGCUCAGCCACAGCCGACUGUACCUCAACAAGCACAGACACAGCAGGUCCUCAUUCCUGCGUCGCAGCAAGCUGCUGCACCACAAGUUAUUGUUCCUGAGUCUAAGCUCAUACAGCAUAUGAAUGCAUCAAACAUGAGUGCUGCUGCUACAGCUGCUACUUUGGCACUCCCUGCAGGUGUGACUCCUGUUCAACAGAUAUUAACAAAUUCAGGCCAGCUGCUUCAGGUGGUCAGAGCAGCCAACGGUGCCCAGUAUAUCUUUCAACCUCAACAAUCAGUGGUUCUACAACAACAGGUUAUACCACAAAUGCAGCCUGGUGGAGUUCAAGCUCCCGUUAUACAACAGGUACUUGCUCCUCUUCCUGGAGGGAUCUCACCACAAACUGGAGUCAUUAUCCAGCCUCAGCAAAUCUUAUUUACAGGAAAUAAGACUCAAGUUAUUCCAACAACUGUAGCUGCACCUACACCAGCACAAGCACAGAUAACUGCAACAGGCCAGCAGCAACCACAGGCUCAGCCAGCUCAGCAACAAACUCCUUUAGUGUUACAAGUUGAUGGAACUGGGGAUACAUCAUCUGAAGAAGAUGAAGAUGAGGAGGAAGACUAUGAUGAUGACGAGGAGGAAGAUAAAGAAAAAGAUGGAGCUGAAGAUGGGCAGGUAGAAGAAGAGCCCCUUAAUAGUGAAGAUGAUGUGAGUGAUGAAGAAGGACAGGAACUCUUUGAUACCGAAAACGUUGUCGUGUGCCAGUAUGAUAAAAUACACAGAAGUAAAAACAAAUGGAAAUUUCACCUCAAGGAUGGCAUUAUGAAUCUUAAUGGAAGAGAUUAUAUAUUUUCCAAAGCCAUUGGAGAUGCAGAAUGGUGAAGAGUUGCUUCUUUUCUUUUAUAAAUAAAAUGAAAGAAACUUAAAAAAUUUUAAGUGGACAGUUUGAAACAUGGGACAUAAACCAACCAAAACUUAAUUUCUGCAUGUCAGAAAAGUGCCAUUGAAGCCAAGCUACUGGAACACAGAACACAGAGACCUUGAUAACACACACUACUUCUAACUGGCAAGCCAUGGAACUGUAGCACCUGGGAUUGUUGGGGGGCGGGGGGAUGUUGGGGUUUUGUGUAGGUAAACCAUGAUUGUCCAUUUUAAAUACAGGUACCUGCCACCGAUAAUUAGCAUGUAAAACUGUCUUAUAUUCCUUCCUCCAACAUGGGUUUGAUCAGCAGAUACUUGUUGGAAUGAACUGAAGAAACUUACCUUUUGAUAGAUUGAAGUAAAACUGCUUAUUGUAUGUGGUUAUAUUUGGUAAAAAUUGGGUGUGAGCUUUUUACAAAAGGGUAAGAAUUAUGCUGUUGAAUUUUCAUUCACUUGUAUAAGAGAACA